AUGGUUUACCUUCCUUCUAUCACCGCAGCUCUGGCUGUCGGCGCUCUUCCCCAGCUGGCCUCUGCUGCUGGUCUUCAUCAGGCUGCUGUUGCGAAGGGACUGAACUACUUCGGCACGGCCACCGAUAACCCUGAGCUCACAGAUGUUCCGUAUGUGACUCAGUUGAACAACACCAAUGAUUUCGGUCAGAUCACGCCUGGCAACUCGAUGAAGUGGGACGCGACCGAACCUUCUCAGAACACCUUCAGCUUUGCAAAGGGCGAUGUCAUUGCGGACUUGGCUGAUGCCAACGACCAAGUGCUGCGAUGCCACAACCUGGUCUGGCACCAGCAGCUGCCCAACUGGGUCACCAGUGGAUCUUGGACCAACGCGACGUUGACUGCGGCCCUGAAGAACCAUAUCACCAACGUUGUCAAGCACUACAAGGGCCGAUGCUAUGCCUGGGACGUUGUCAAUGAAGCGCUCAAUGAGGACGGCUCUUACCGCGACAACGUUUUCUACAAGACCAUCGGUGAAGCUUAUCUUCCGAUUGCAUUUGCCGCCGCUGCCGCCGCCGACUCCGACGUGAAACUGUACUACAACGAUUAUAACAUCGAAUGGGCCGGCAACAAGGCCAGCGGGGCCCUGAAGAUCGUCAAGCUGAUCCAGUCGUACGGCGUGAAGAUCGACGGAGUCGGUCUCCAGGGUCACUUCACCGUCGGCAACACCCCCGGCAAGAAGGACCUAGCCAGCACUUUGAAGACCUACACCGCGCUCGGCGUCGAAGUGGCCUACACUGAAAUCGACGUUCGCAUGGCGACCCCCGCCACCGACGCCAAGCUGGCCCAGCAGUCGACCGACUACCAGAACCUCAUUGAGGCCUGCGUCGACACCCCCAAGUGUGUGGGAUUCACCAUCUGGGACUGGACUGACAAGUACUCCUGGGUUCCCAGCACUUUCCCCGGCCAGGGUGCCGCUUUGCCCUGGGAUGAGGACCUGAACAAGAAGCCUGCCUAUACCGGUCUCCUCAAGGGCCUGGGAGGAAGCGCGUCUGAAACCACGACCUCUUCGUCUUCUUCUGCGCCCACCAGCACCAGCACCAGCACCACCACCACCUCGACGGGCGUUGCGGGAAAAUGGGAACAGUGUGGCGGUAACAACUGGACCGGUCCUACCACCUGCGUUAGCGGCUCGACUUGCACGAAGCAGAACGACUGGUACUCGCAGUGCCUGUAA